AUGGGUGUUCGUCUUCCAUUUAUGGUUCUUCAUGCAAACAAGAUAUUCAAGUCGUCGUCGUCGUCAUCACAUCAUCUCCAUAGUAGAAAUCAUUCCAAUGUUCCAAAGGGCCAUGUAGCAGUCUAUGUUGGAGAGGCUCAAAAGAAGCGUUUUGUGGUUCCAAUAUCUUACUUAAACCACCCUUCAUUUCUUGAUUUGUUAAAUCGAGCUGAGGAAGAGUUUGGUUUCAAUCAUCCAAUGGGUGGUCUCACUAUUCCAUGCAAAGAAGAGGCUUUUAUUAAUCUUACCUCUCAACUGCACGCCUGCCUCUCUUGA